GCGAAAUCCCAAUGAGCUACUGUCUUGCUGGAGAGUUGGGCCUGGGGGGGGGGGGGGCGGAAGCGACUUUGGAAGGCUGGAAGCAGCUGAGAUGGGGGUGAAGCUAGAGGUUUUUCGGCGGGUGCUGGGGGUGUGUGGCGGGGAGAUCAUACGCUGCAGGCUGUGAGACCCGGGUCCUCCUGCAUGCCAGGCCUGCUCGCCAGCCCACUGAGCUCUCUCUGGCUCCAGAGAAUAAACUCGAACACAUCCAAGAGAGCUCUGGGGUUCCUGAUGGUUCUCUACCUCACCUUCCCCGUGGCCAUGUUCUGGGUUGCCAAUCAGGCUGAAUGGUUUGAACAGGACGUCAUACAGCGCAAGAGAGAGCUGUGGCCUCCUGAGACAGAAGAGCAUCGCCGAGAGGUGGAAGAGUUUAAGACGCGGCUUCGGAAACAGCGGGAGGAGAAGCUCCUUCGGGCGGCCCAGCACAGCUCCUGAGGCCCUCGGUCUGCCCACCUGCCCACCCACCUGUCACGAAGUCACGCGCCAAAUAAUACACGUUCAGUUUCCUCGG